AUGACGGGCAAUCCUGCAGCCAUGGUGAACUUGCUUCCGUUGUACUCUGCAGCAAGGAAUGUCCGGGUCCUUCCCUGCCUGCUGGGUGGCAGCCGUGCUGUUGCCGGUGCAAAGCCAUGGCUGAAGGGCACCCGUGUGGUAUGUGACGAACCGGAGGAGUUAAAGAGAAAGGCUACCGAGCUGGCUGCUGCUGUCCGGAAUGCCAAGCACCUUGUCAUCUAUACAGGAGCCGGGAUCAGUACGGCAGCUUCAAUCCCAGACUACAGGGGCCCUAACGGCAUAUGGACAUUGCUGCAGAAGGGCCGGAGCAUCAGGGCUACAGAUCUGAGUGAGGCAGAGCCCACGCUCACCCACAUGAGCAUUGCCUGCCUACACAAGCACAACCUGGUGCAGCAUGUGGUGUCUCAAAACUGUGAUGGGCUGCACCUGCGGAGUGGGUUACCCCGAACGGCAAUAUCUGAGCUUCAUGGAAACAUGUACAUAGAGGUCUGCACUUCCUGUACACCCAACAGAGAGUACGUGCGAGUAUUUGAUGUGACAGAGCGCACAGCCCUGCACAGGCAUCACACUGGCAGGACGUGCCACAAGUGUGGGGCACAGUUGAGAGAUACAAUCGUCCACUUUGGGGAGAAGGGGACGUUGAGACAGCCCCUGAACUGGGAAGCAGCAACAGAAGCUGCAAGCAAAGCAGAUGUGAUUCUUUGUCUGGGUUCCAGCUUAAAGGUUUUGAAAAAAUACCCACGUCUUUGGUGCAUGAGCAAGCCACCCACUCGUCGUCCAAAGCUAUAUAUCGUGAACCUGCAGUGGACCCCGAAGGACGACCUGGCUGCCCUGAAGCUGCACGGCCACUGA